UGAAAAAUACAGAAGUUGUAGAUGAUUUUUUUCCUGCCCAAAGCAGAUUCAAACCCUGUUUUCUUCCAAUUAAGAGAGAGAGAAUUGGUGCCCAGGAGUGGGUUGAGGUGUUGUCUGAAAGGAGGUGGGGCCAAACAGCACCAGCCCAUUGCUGCUGUUUGUACUUUCCUAGUUUAUAUUUCUUUCCUAACAGCAGAAUGAGGAAGUUCCAGAUCACAGCUGAAGGAUCAGUCAGGUGCUUCUGGAAAGAGAGACAAGUGGCAUUGCCCAAGCAAGGUGGAGAUCUCUGAAGACCAUGAUCAAGAAAAGGAUCUGUGUGAUUGGGGCUGGAGUCUGUGGGCUCUGUUCUAUCAAGUGUUGCCUGGAUGAAGACUUGGAACCUGUUUGCUUUGAAAGGACUGAUGACAUUGGAGGGCUCUGGAGGUAUCAGAAAAAUCCUGAAGAAGGAAGAGCCAGUAUUUACAAAUCAGUGAUCAUCAAUACUUCUAAGGAGAUGAUGUGCUUCAGUGACUACCCCAUCCCGGAUCAUUAUCCUAACUUCAUGCACAAUUCCCAGAUCCUAGAAUAUUUCAGGAUGUAUGCCAAAGAUUUCAACCUUUUAAAGUAUAUCCAGUUCAAGACUACUGUGUGCAGUGUGAAGAAGCAGCCUGAUUUCUCUACUUCAGGACAAUGGGAGGUGGUCACUGAGUGUGAAGGAAAAAAGGAGGUUAAUGUCUUUGAUGGAGUCAUGGUUUGCACUGGCCAUCACACUAAUGCUCACUUACCUCUGGAAAGUUUUUCAGGAAUUGAGAAGUUCAGAGGACAGUAUUUCCACAGUCGAGACUAUAAAAACCCAGAGGCAUUUGCUGGGAAAAGAGUCAUUAUAAUUGGCAUCGGGAAUUCUGGAGGGGAUCUGGCUGUAGAGAUUAGCCACACAGCCAAGCAGGUAUUCCUCAGCACCAGGAGAGGGGCUUGGAUCCUGAAUCGUGUAGGGGACUAUGGAUAUCCUUUUGAUGUGGUACACUUUUCUCGACUUAAACAUCUUAUAUCAAAGAUAUGCGGUCAAGCAUUAACAAGUACAUUUUUGGAAAAACGUAUGAAUCAAAGAUUUGAUCAUGAAAUGUUUGGCCUGAAGCCUAAACACAGAGCUCUGAGCCAGCAUCCAACAGUAAAUGAUGAUCUGCCUAACCGUAUAAUUUCUGGCUUGGUGAAGGUGAAAGGAAAUGUGAAAGAAUUCACAGAAACAGCUGCCAUAUUUGAGGAUGGCUCCAGAGAGGAUGACAUUGAUGUUGUUAUCUUUGCAACAGGCUAUAGCUUUGCCUUUCCUUUUCUUGAAGAUUCUAUCAAAGUGGUCAAAAAUAAGAUAUCCCUAUAUAAAAAAGUCUUCCCCCCCAACCUAGAAAAGCCAACUCUUGCAAUCAUAGGCUUGAUUCAACCCUUAGGAGCCAUUAUGCCUAUUGCAGAGCUCCAAGGACGCUGGGCUACUCAAGUAUUUAAAGGGCUAAAGAAAUUGCCCUCACAAAGUGAAAUGAUGGCAGAUAUAGCUAAGACUCAAGAGGAAAUGGCAAAAAGGUACGUGGAAAGCCAACGCCAUACCAUUCAGGGAGACUACAUUGAUACCAUGGAUCAGAUUGCUGAUUUGGUGGGAGUCAGGCCUAAUCUACUGUCUCUGGCCUUCACUGAUCCCAAGCUAGCAUUACAGUUAUUUUUGGGACCUUGUACUCCAGCCCAGUUUCGUCUACAGGGCCCUGGAAAGUGGGAUGGGGCUCGAAAAACCAUCUUUACCACACAUGAUCGUAUCAGGAAGCCUAUGAAAACAAGAGUAAUUGAAAAGAGUAAUUCCACAGCUUUAACAAAGACAAUGGGCAGGAUUAUGCUAGCUGUUAUUUUCUUUGCAGUGAUUAUGGCUUAUUUUUAGAUGUCCCAUUGUCACAAACCUGGCUUUCAUUGGGAAGCUCAAUCUAGAGAUGGCUUCCAAACCUAACAAGAAUGAAUAAUUCUCAGUUUCAUUUCUUAGAAAUCUACUUUUGUUUCUUUCAGAAGCAUUGAUCCUCUUUCCACUUUUCCCUAUAAUGAAAUCCUGUGUUUUCAUUUGUGUUGAUUCAUCCUCCUUCCUCUUGUGAUCUGUCACUUUUUCCAUUCGAUAAUUUCUAGACUGUGAGCUCAGGCACUCUUUUAGUCAUCUUUAUAUUAUGUCCUUAGCAGAUAUGUGGCCUUGUUGAUUAUCAAAUAUUAUGGUGGGGACCCUAAAUCAGCAUCUAUAAAAAAUGACUGACUUCAGACUGGGGCUGUAGCUCAGUGGUACAGUGCUUGCCUAGCAUGGGUGAGGUACUGGGUUCGAUCCUCAGCACCACAUAAAAUAAAUAAAUAAAAAUAAAAGUAUUGUGUCCAUCUACAACUAAUACACAUUUUAAAAAAUGACUGACUUCAUGUAAUUCUUCUGAUAAGAUUUGAUUUUCUAUUAAAAAAAAGGUCAAUUUUUGUUUUUAAUAUUAUAAUUAAAUAUACAUUUUCUGAGAGAUAGGAGAAAUAAUGGUCUUAAAAUAGUUGUUUUUCUAUAAGAAAUAUAGAUACAUAAAACAUUUUGUUUUACUUACUAUUCACUAAUGUACUUGAUAAUUGGUCAUUUUUAUUCCUUUCCCUAAGCAACAUGGCUUUAUUUUCUUAAUAAAGAAAUUAGUUUCAA